AUGGCUUCUCAAGCUAGUGGUGAGACCAAAGGCGCCUCCAGCAAAUGCCGGCUGGCGGAGAUUGUGCAGUACAAAUGCGACAUUGAGGUCGGAAAGCGAGGCGAACCGCAGGUACAUUGCUGGCCGGUGCCACGAAUAUUCAGGAUCUGCCCCGGGCGACCGGCCGUGGAACUAACGCGCUUCGUGGAGAUGAACAUGAGUACCGGUGAGGUACAUCUCCCGCCGGAAGCUAGGUAUGCUUGCCUACCAAAAUUACCGAAAGGAAAACCCUGGCGGGACAUCGUGCACUACGAUGAGAAGGUCGCCGAACUGACGGGUGAAAAGGCUUGA